UUUGUCUGUCUUUUCAUUGUCUACCCUUCCUUUCGAAGACCUCGUCUAUUUCCACCUUUCAAUUCACAGCUGCAUUGUGAGGUUCCUUACCCACCAAGACCAAUGUCAUUCCCGUGGCAUUUCGUCUCCGUCUCCACGGAAGCAAAACAACAUCGACGAGAGCUCUUAGACCUCCGCGGAUAUUAUGCUCAGAUCUCCGUGGUGCUAGCCAUUGUGUCUAUCCGACUAUACAAUCUCCGACGCAAGCCUGCUGUUCUGCGAUCAUGGUGGGAUGCGCCGCCCUUUCCGGGAUGGAGGGAGACUCGCAGGCAAUAUGCUGUUUGUCUUGUCUGGCUUGGAUGGCUGGUUGGGCUUUCUGCGUGGAAUACGGGUGAUGACUAUCUACACCUCACCAAAGCCCUAGGCCACAUCGCUCUCUCUCAGCUCCCAGUACAGGCACUCAUGUCACCAGCCCUCUACCCAGAGGCCUCAAAAGCGGCCUCGCCGUCCCUAAUGGCUGUAAUGACAGGCCUACCGCAGCCCUCAAUCACACCCAUCCACCGCCUCUUCGGCCGCAUCGUAAUCGCGCCUCUACUUACCGCCCACGCAGCGCUCUACUUGAACUUCUUCUCGCAGUCGGCUCACCCGGAGUUUGGCACCCUGCUCGCGAAGCGUCUGCUCGACGAGGACGUCCAGUGGGGCAUUGCCGGCUUGACUAUGCUGGGUGCUGUUUUGGUUUUUGUGAGGCCCGUGGGGCGGACGACGCGCUGGUGGUUGUCGUUUUCGCCGGGUUGGUCUGUGCAGACUAGACGGGAGGUGUUUUAUACGGUGCAUGUGCUGGUUGUUGGGAUGUUUUGUGGCGCGGCUUAUUGGCAUGUUGAGUGGGCGAGGGGGUUUGUGUUGCAGACGUUGGGGUGCGCUGUUGUUAAUUAUGUUUGUUGUUCGGUGUUGGCGAGGUAGGUAUAUCCCUAUACCCCGUGGUUGUUAUCUGUUGCUAGACUUGUUGGACGGUGGUUUGUGGAUUUGAUUGGAUUAGUACAUUAGAUGGUGGAUUGGUAGGAUCUUAGUAGGUGUAUAUACAACAUGUAUUUGGGCUUGGU